AUGGGGAUAAGAGACUUGUGUCGCAGCAGAGGUGGCUCAGCACGCCACGACUUGAACAGGGUUGACGACGUCCGACGAUGGCAUCCGAUGAGAAGGACGGUGGCUAUAACAAGCUGCGGUGUGGUCUUUGAGGCGUCGCGCGACAGGCAAAUGGAAGGCGACGCGGUGGCUCGAGGCUGCGACAGUCCACCGAGAUAUUUUGGAAAAUUAGCUAAUCAAUCAUAUCCUGUGGCAUUGGAAAUAAUAUUAUAUUUUGGAUUCCUUAUUGCUUAUGCCGUCAAAUUACCGAUUAUACCUCUACAUACUUGGUUACCCGAUACCCAUGGAGAAGCACAUUACAGUACAUGUAUGCUUCUGGCUGGAAUCUUAUUAAAAAUGGGAGCAUAUGGACUUAUUCGAAUCAAUAUGGAAUUAUUAUCCCACGCUCAUUCCAUAUUUUCUCCCUGGUUGGUAAUAAUAGGAACUAUUCAAAUAAUUUAUGCAGCUUCGACCUCUCUCGGUCAACGGAAUUUGAAAAAGAGAAUAGCCUAUUCUUCUGUAUCUCACAUGGGUUUUACAAUUAUAGGAAUUGGUUCCAUAACUGGAAUCGGGCUCAAUGGUGCUAUUUUACAAAUACUCUCUCAUGGAUUUAUUGGUGCUGCACUUUUUUUCUUGACGGGAACGACUUGUGAUAGAAUGGGUCUUGUUUAUCUCGACGAAAUGGGGGGGGUAUCGAUCCCAAUGCCAAAACUUUUUACCAUGUUCAGUAGUUUUUCAAUGGCUUCUCUUGCAUUGCCGGGAAUGAGUGGUUUUGUUGCAGAAUCAUUAAUUUUUUUUGGAAUAAUUACUAGUAAAAGAUUUCUUUUAAUGUCAAAAAUACUAAUUACUUUUGUAAUGGCAAUAGGAAUGAUAUUAACUCCUAUUUAUUUAUUAUCUAUGUUACGUCAGAUGUUCUAUGGAUACAAGUUAUUUCAUGUUACAAAUUCUAAUUUUUUGGAUUCUGGACCACGAGAACUAUUUGUUUCAAUAUGUAUCUUUUUACCCAUACUAGGGACUGGUAUUUAUCCCGAUUUCAUUCUCUCGUUAUCAGUUGAUAGGGUACAAGCUAUACUAUCUAAUUAUUUUUAUCGAUAGUCUUUCAUUAAAAAUAUGGAAAUCAAAUUUUUUUGUCUUUUUAUUUUCCGCUUUUAAACGCCGAACAAUGCAAAAGAAUUAAAUGAAUUAAAAAUCUCAAUUUUAAUC